GUAAACAUUUUGAAGUGAAGCAAAUGCUUUAGUUGAGUUCAUUUUUUGUGGUGUCGCUUCCGUCGAGUGGCUCAACAUACCAUGCUUUCAAGAGAGAUCAUUAAAGCUGAGAAAGCAGGAGAAGUCUUUAAUCCGGAUUAUCUGCGUGAAGCGAUACAAGUAAAGACACCAUGGAUUCGAAAUGCCCUUACAGAAUUCUUCGGCAGUUUUGUAAUGCUGUUUAUUGGCAUUGGUAUUGUGAUGCAGUUUGUAUUAUCCGACGAGAAAUUGAAUACAUGGAUACAGAUAAACGUCGGAUGGGGAUUUGCUAUAGCUUUUACGGCAUACAUCGGAUCGAAAACGUCAGGUGGGCAUUAUAAUCCUGCCGUAUCUUGGGCAAUGGUCACAUUCGGUAAACUUUCCGUGUGGGAAUUCCUCAUAUACUGUGUUGUGCAAACAUUGGGCGCAUUCAUGGGAUCAAUCGCCGCUUUUGGAAUUUACUAUCAUCAAUUCCUCAAUUUCGAAGGACCAGAACAUAAGAUUGUUGGUGAAAAAGCGACGGCAUCAUGUUUCUGCUCAUUCCCAGCUCAUUAUGUAGGAAAUCUAACGUGCUUCUUCGAUCAGAUUGGCGGUACAGCAUUGCUGGUGCUAUUCGUAGCUGCAAUAAUUGACAGGCGCAAUAAAAUUCCAGAAAGUGCACAUCCUUUUCUGUUUGGAUGCGUAUUGAUGAUGAUAGGUUGCGCUUAUGGCAUGAAUCUUGGUUAUCCUAUUAAUCCAGCGAGGGACUUGGGACCAAGAAUUUUCGCUUCUUUUAUUUACGGCAGUGAAGUCUUUACGUAUCAUAACUACUAUUUCUGGAUACCUAUAGUCGCACCCUUCUUUGACGAUGAUGAUGAGGAAGAAUCAAGUGUUGAAGAAAUUCCACGUGCUCAGCGAGUGAUGUGGCACUCUGCCGAAAAGUAG